GUAGUAUAUAUUAAUGCGUAACCCCAUUCUUAAAUUUCAUUCCCAACUUUGGAAGUCUUGUUAUAUAAUCUCCACAUCAAAUAGAAGGAAAUUAUUUUGUUUCAUUUGUGAAAAAUGGCAGCAGCAACUUGUAUUGAUAUUAUUGUGGCAAUUAUUUUGCCCCCUCUUGGAGUCUUCCUCAAGUUCGGCUGCAAGCAUGAGUUCUGGCUAUGUUUGCUGCUGACCCUUCUCGGUUAUAUUCCUGGGAUCAUAUAUGCUGUCUACGCCAUCACCAAGAACUAGUUUUUACCACGGUGUGAGAUGCAAAAGAUAGAGCCUCUUGUUGGUUGAUGUGUGUUGACUGUGCGAUUUUUCUAGAGAUGUCUUCAGUCUUUACUCAUAAAUGCUUACAAAAUAUUGUGAUUGUGUUUGGAUUUUUUUUCAAUGUAAAGUCUCUUGAAUUCUUAGGGGAUUUCAUUUUACAUCGUCGAAAUAUUGUAAUGUUGUCGUGUAGUGGUUUAUUUUAUUGUUUUGGUGUUGUAUCAUUUCAUGCAGCUGUAGAAAAAAGUGACUAUUUGUUAAAUUAAUUUAUGUUUGCAAUUUUUAUGAUUA